AUGUCAGCCAGCGACGGUGUGAUAUCAAUUGCUGAUCUCAUAAGCCGUCAUCGCCGGCAUUUGGCCAAACCAUUAUUCUGGACCUCUCGCCAUCUAGAAAUGGUGGGAUGCCGAUUUCAACACAUUUACAAUACCUUCCCGAAGGCGCACAUUCACGACGACCAACGGUCACCAGAUGAAGGAGAGUUUGAGGCGCGGUCACUUGCCAGGAGCUUUUCGCUCCAGGGUAAAUUAGACGCGCUCACAAGCAUUUUGCUGUCCAUGGGGAGAAUUCUCAAGCAGAGCAGCAACGGGCCUUGUUUUUUUUUCGCAGAUCGCCCUGUUCAUCAACCACAAUACACCGUGUUUUAUUGCCGCAACGAACUUAACGAAUCUGUCUGUCAAGAGGCACUGCCUGUGAUUGGCUAUUUGAAUUACACAAAUGUCAGUGGUACUCGUUGGCACAAAUGUCAACGCCUGCGUUUUGACGGAAACGAUGAUUCCACUGUCUCACGACUCCGCAAGGAGAAUUUCGUUCGAGUCACUCCAAAGGAAUGGAGAGAGGAUCCCUACUUUUUGUGUGUCCUGCUACAGUCGAUAGCGAAAACAGCUUCUACCCUGGUAAUAGCUUUUGUUCUCUAG